UUGAAACCGCUUACCGGUUUUUACCGAAAACCGGUAAUUUCCCGAAAUUUUAGGAACCUAAAUUCGAUUACCAUUUUCUUAAACUCAUUUUUUUUCCCGGUUAUUGGUUACCGGUUACCAUGACGAUUUUCCAGCUAUAACAUAAAACGUUAUUAACAUAAUAUGUUUUAACCGGUUAAGAACCGAUUACCGAUAUUUAUGUCUUAUGACCUUUUUACUUAUUAGUUAGUACCGACUAUAUUUACCCAUGAAUAGUAUGAAGUAUAAAAUGUUUAAUUUAUUUUAGCUUCUUAAAUAAUGAUAAGUUUGUAGCUACUAUGCUACUAUAAAUUACAAUAGUCUAAUAUUAAUAUUACAUAAUUACGUAUUGGUAUUAUCAUAGUAUUACUAUCUUCGUUGUUUUAAUGUUUUUCUCCUAUAUAAUCUAAAUUCGUGUUAUAAUAAUUCAAAUAAUUGGUAUUCUAUCUACCCAUAACAUAAAUAAUUAUAAACGUAAUAUAGUUGGUUGGUACUCGAUAGUCCCGGUUAUCCUCAUUGUAUAUUGUACUGGGAAAUCUAAAAAUAGCUUGAUUCCUAUUUCCUACAACUACACGAAUAAUAAAUAUUACAAGCAAACAACAAUCCUCACUGAGUCACAUGAUAAUUGAUAACUAUAGUGAUAAGUUAAACAUUUUAUUUUUAUAUUUCAUUAUAAUAUUAUAGGCAUGGAUCUUUGUUAACAGCCAACUGAGCGAACGGUAUUUUACGAAAAAGUGCGUUUAUGACCACGAUUCUUAUAUUACAUUUUUACAGUAAAGUGCGUGUGAUCGUGAUUAUUAUUUUUUUUAUAAAGUAAUUGACAAUAAUUGUACAUAUAAUUGUAUCAAUCAUUAAGAAGUAAGAACUAUGAAGAAUCCUGUAGGAUCUAUGUUUUUUAACUUUGAUGCGGGAAGAAAUGUAUCAAUUUGUAAAAUAAAUGGAUGUCAAAAACCAGAACUUGUAGGUAAACACAGUUCAAACUUAGAAAAGCAUAUACAUGCUCGUCAUAAAGAUGAAUACCAAUUGUUAAUGACAGCAAAAAAUAAUGCUUGUAAAUCAACAACUUCCAUUACAGAAAAUUCAACAUCAGGUUCAGUUAAAAGGACUGCAGGACAAAUGUCGUUGGAUAGUAUGAUUAAAGUUACAAAAAAAAGUAUAAAGAUUACUUUAUCAAAAGAUGAUAUAAUUAAUGCUUGUGUGGAAAUGGUAACAGUAAAUGGCCGACCAUUUACUAUCCUCCAUGAUUCAGGAUUUAGAAAGUUGCUAAAUCCUAUCAUAGAAGGAUUGCCAGAAACAGGAUUUUCAAUUAACUCCCAUAACAUAAAAAGUCAUAUUAUAGACAAAGCACAACUCAUAGUAAAAACUAUAGCAACUGAUGUAGCUAAUCGGUUAAUCAGUUUGAAGGUAGAUUGUGUAACAAGACAUAAUAGAUCUUUAAUAGGAAUCAACAUUCAAUAUAUGCAAAAUAAUGUUUUACAGUUGAAAACCUUAGCAAUCACUGAAUUGAUGGAGCGACACAGUGCUAUAUACUUAAAAGAAAUGGUAUUAAAUGUUUUGGAUAAGUAUGGUAUAACUAAGACACAAAUAUUUUCUAUUACCAGUGAUAAUGCUGCCAACAUAUUGAAAAUGACUGAUAUCAUUGAUGAUCCUAGUGAUUCGACAGAGAAUGAUGACGAUUUUGUUAUGGCAACAAACGAUGAAAUUGAGGAAUUUGAAAGUAAUGUGAUUCAAGCAAUUGAACCUGAACCUCUUACAAAAAAAGUGAGAUGUUCAGCUCAUACACUGAAUUUGUGUAUAGAAGAUGGAUUGAAAAUUAGAUUAUUACAAAAUCUUAUUGGUCGCAUCAGAAGUGUUGUAAAAAAAAUUCGGACUCAAAAAUAUACAUGUAUUUUAAAAAAAAUGGGCUUAAAGUAUGCGAUAAUUGACGUUGAAACACGGUGGACAUCAAUGUAUGACAUGCUACAAAGGCUACAUGAAAUUAAACCUUUUUGUAUAGAAUAUCAAGAUGCAAUGCCUGAUCUUAAGUUAUCAGUUAAUGAUUGGGAAGCACUUAAGGAUAUGAUUGAUUCACUUCAACCUGCUAGAGAUGGAAUAAUUUUUCUUCAAAAACAUGAUAUUACAAUGGGAGAUUUCUUUGGUUGCUGGUGGAAAAUUAUUUCAAAAUUAAAAAAAAAAAAUACAGCAUUAUCUAACUCUAUAGCAAAGUCAAUGGAAAAGCGACAAAAAGCUUUAUUUGAAAAUCCAAUAUUCAGCUCAGCUCUAUUUAUGGAUCCAAGGUUUCAGUGUUUGCUAAAUGAUACAAGUAAAAUAGAAGCAAAGGAUCAUUUACAAAAAACUUGGAAAAUAAUUGAACAGUUGACAGGAAAUGAAAAUGAAGCAAAUAUUAAUAAUGCUCAAUAUUUUGAUGCACAUGAAGAGAAUGUUAUGGAUCCAGAUGAUGAUCUUGAAUCAUUUAUCCAGUCAUCUUCUCAAAACAGUGCUAAUAAUAUGUUGAUGAAUAUGAACUCUAGUCAACGUUCUAUUGCAAUACUGUUGGAAGAAUAUGAUAAUACUCCGAGAUUGCAUCAUAGUACUGAUAUAAAAAACUAUUGGUCUGAACAUCACGAGUCUAUGCCUGAACUUUACAAACUUUCACAAGUUGUAAUGGCUGUACCAUGCACCCAGGUCUCAGUGGAAAGGAGUUUCUCAGGACUCAAAUUUAUUUUGAGUGAUUUGCGUACUUCAUUAUCGCCUGAUCUACUGGAAAGUAUAAUGAUUAUACGAGGAAAUAACUUGUCUAACAAAUAAAGAAAAUAUUAAUUAUUUAACUAAGUUGUUAUUACUUUUUAAUUUUUUUAAUAAAUUAACAUUUUAAACAUAAUACUGAUAAUAGUAAAUUUUAUUAACCAAGUCAUAACCUAGUAUUCUUAUCUAUGAACCAAGUUGUCACAAUUGUGGAGGUAUGCCAAUCACCACUCGCCAUAAAUAUUCAGUAUUACUGAG